UCUGAAAUGCCAUGUUGCAGGUAUAGGCAGACAAGAUUCAGUUCUCGCAGGCUGAGGCGAAGGGUUGUACUUAAGCAUGGUGAUUGUAAUGUAAUACAAGGGAAGGUGGCCAAACGGAGGCGGAGAUAUUUACAGGACAUCUUCACAACCUUAGUGGACGCGCAGUGGCGUUGGACCCUUUUGGUGUUCGCGAUGAACUUCCUCCUGUCCUGGCUGGGCUUCGCCAUCCUCUGGUGGCUUAUCCUCUUUACCCACGGUGACCUUGAACCGGCGACUUCUAGGAACGAAACGUGGACACCCUGCGUCCGGGAUGUCACCUCCUUCACUGGCUGCUUUCUCUUCAGCGUCGAAACUCAACAUACGAUAGGAUAUGGUGCUAAACACACGACCGAAGAGUGUCCUGAAGCCAUUUUUGUCAUGUGUUUGCAGUCAUUAGUAGGCGUAAUGAUUCAAGCAUUUAUGGUAGGAAUAGUUUUUGCCAAGUUGUCCAGGCCGAAAAAGAGGACGCAAACCCUGCUGUUUUCGAGGAAUGCUGUCAUUUGUCAAAGGGAUGGUCAACUCUGCCUCAUGUUUAGGGUCGGUGACAUGAGGAAAAGCCACAUUAUUGAAGCACAUGUUCGAGCUCAGAUCAUCAGUAAAAGGGUAACUAAGGAAGGUGAAGUACUUCCUUUUUAUCAAUAUGAGCUCAAAGUGGGGGGAGAUGGUGAAGAAGAUAAAAUCUUCUUUAUCUGGCCUACAACUAUCGUGCAUAAAAUCACCCCAGACAGCCCCCUCUAUACUCUCUCUGCUGCUGAAAUGAUGAGGCAGAGGUUUGAGAUUGUCGUCAUACUUGAAGGAGUAAUAGAAUCUACAGGUAUGACUACACAGGCACGGUCAAGCUACCUUCCAUCAGAAGUUCUGUGGGGACAUAGGUUUGAACCUCUUGUAUCGUUCAAGAAGGAAACCGGAGAACAUGAGGUAGAUUACAGUCUGUUCAAUAACACAUAUGAAGUUGAUACACCUCUGUGUUCUGCACAAGCAUUGGAUCAGUUAAUGGGAGUCACUCCUACACCAAGCAAUGGUAGCGUCACUUCUGUUUGCCCUUCGAACAUACUCGUGCAGAAGGAACGGAGGCAGUUUGUGCCUGGAGAAGACUACGAGGCCUACAUACCUAAUGAACAGCAGCAAUUCACACAUCCUGCCAUAGCUCAUCCCUUCCUUAUUGUCGCCAAUCAGACUUAUUAA